GCAGCAUCGGGGAGAUAGCUGUCGCAUUCGAUGCUCCAUAUUCGGCAGCUUCAUCGCUUAGGAUACCAAGGGUCUGUGAUGAACACAGAUCUCUGACUUUCCAGAAGCAUGCUCUGUUCUGGCAGGUAAGGUACAUACUAUGUACCUAUGUAGGCAUAGUAGUUCCUUCGCUUGGCCCUGGAAGAAAAUACUACCUGUAAUAUGCGGCACCAACUUGUCUGUGGCACAAAGUAUCCUCGACUUCGAAUUUGGCAUUGAGCGGAGCAGAGCACAAAGUACAAGUACUCGCACUAUCCAUGGUGUGUCCUGGAGGCCACGCUGCUGAGGGGCGAUGGGAAGGAGGGAUCCUCGCAUCUUCUCCACGGCGCAGAGGCAGUAGCGGCCACAAACCCCCAGAGCAAGCUCCAAGCUCCCAGAUUCCUGGCCAAGGCACGAGCAAGGAUUUUGCUCUCUGCAUCGACCGCUCAAUAUCCAUCCUUGUUUGCCGUCUCCGCUGCAUAUCCGCCACGUUCCGACCGUUACCUCUGAACCCCUGCACAAGACGUGGUCUGCACCGUCCUCUGUGCUCCGUCUAUAACUCUAAACAUUUUCUGGGGAUCAGAUCAUGGCCAUAUCCGAGUACAGCUCCAAAGUAUAGCGGCAGACAAGCCACAACGGCACUUUGCUUCAAGGAUGCUCGGUACAAGUGUCCAGGCCCUGCUUACCAGCAGCGACCGCAUCGGCCCUUCGCCUGUCAACCUGCUACUAUAGCAGAUGCGCUUAGCGAUGACAUGCUUUCACGGGCGAGUCGCCAUAGGCAGGAAUAACUUUUAGGAUGCUGUGUGGGCAUCGCGGCAAAUUAAUCCGAUGCGGAAUUGGCCUUGGAAAGGGAUUGUUGCGGGCUCUCCUC